UUCAGCCAUUCACGGGCGGGGCCUGUUCUGCAAGCGGAACAUCGAGGCCGGAGAGAUGGUGAUAGAAUAUUCCGGAAUCGUCGUGCGCUCCGUGCUGACCGACAAGAGGGAGAAGUUCUACGACAGCAAAGGCAUCGGCUGUUACAUGUUCCGCAUCGACGAGGCCGAGGUGGUGGACGCCACCAUGCACGGCAGCGCCGCGCGCUUCAUCAACCACUCGUGCGAGCCCAACUGCUACUCGCGCGUCAUCCACGUGGAAGGCCACAAACGCAUCGUCAUCUUCGCCCUGCGCCGCAUCCUGCGCGGCGAGGAGCUCACCUACGACUACAAGUUCCCCAUCGAGGAACCGGCGGCCAAGCUGCCCUGCAACUGCGGCGCCCGGCGGUGCCGGCGGUUCCUCAACUGAAAACCGGGGUGGUUUUUUGGGGUUUGGGGGAGGUUCUGGAGAUGUUUUUGAGGUGGGGUGUGGUGGUGGUUUG